AUGCUAAAGAAACAAGUCAGCUUUUACAAGGACACAAAGAGCUAUAGGAAAAUGCCCCUCUUACUUUGCAAGAGAUGGUAUUUUGAUACACUCCCUCAGCAUGUGUCCACAGUGCCGCGUCGUGGAGGGGUGUCACGCACGAAGUGCGGCGUCGCGCGUGGUGAUGCAUCGUGCGCGCGAGGACUGCUUCUGUCGCGCCGCGAAGGUGCGUCGCGCCGCGAAGGUGCGUCGCGCCGCGGUGACUACUGGUGUCGCGUCGUGAAGCACCCAUUGAACUUCAUUUUCCUUGGGCUCUUUACUGCAUCUUUGAGUCUGACGGUUGGUGUGAGCUGUGCCAACACUGAAGGAAGUAUUGUGCUUGAAGCAUUGAUCUUGACAUCAGCCGUAGUUUCAGCUCUGACUGGUUAUACUUUCUGGGCUGCCAAGAAGGGCAAGGACUUCAGCUUCAUGGGACCACUCUUGUUUACUAGCCUUUUCGUCUUGGUCUUGACUGGCUUUAUCCAGGUGUUCUUCCCGUUUGGGCCUACGUCAGUUGCCAUCUACAGCGCGAUUGGUGCCAUAAUAUUCUCGGGAUACAUUGUUUAUGACACAGACAAUCUGAUCAAGCGCUUCACAUACGAUCAGUACAUAUGGGCCUCUGUCACUCUCUACCUGGACGUGCUCAACCUGUUUCUUACAAUUCUCAGGAUGCUCAAACAGGACAACUGA